AUGAAAGAAUGGAUUGAAACGGCGGCGGCGGCGGAGGAGGAGGAGGAUGUGGCAACGGCCAUCCUUGAAUUUGAAUCGUCAUAUAUUACAUUUGUGGGUGAUGGUGGUGGUGGAACUUCCAAGUUGGAUGAUAAUGAUGAUGAUGACCUAUGCUAUAUGAGACUACUUUAUGUGACAAUGAUACUAUUGGUGCUUGGACAGUUGGUCUGGGCAGAUGUUCGAUUCCCACUUUUAUAUGAUGAAAAAAUAGCUCCUUCUCUCAUGGUCGAAGUUGGCCAAGGUGUGCAAUGGGUACGUAACCAAAACGACCACGAGAAACACACAAUUGUCAUAAAGAAGAUUGGCGGCGACCAAGUUGCAUCUUAUGAAUUUAACAAUGAUAUCGAGCACGUUUUCAACUCGGUCGGAGAGUAUCUCUACGAAUGUUCCGAGCAUCCAGAUGCCCCCAAGUUCCGUAUCUCUGUUGCCAACCCAACUGCAGAAUACCCAGGUGGUGUAACUAGCCAAGAUCUUGCCAACAAAUACCAAGAAUCCAUUAGACAAGAAGCCCAACAACAAGCUCUAGCUGCUCAAAGAAAUCAACAAGGUCAACAAGAUGCUCAUAAUGCCAAUAAUGGAAACAAUGUCAAUAAUGCAAAUAACGCAGAGAAUGCCAACAAUGCAAACAAUGCAAACAACGCAAACAAUGCAAACAACGCAAACAAUGCAAACAAUGCAAACAACGCAAACAAUGCCAACAAUGCAAACAACGCAAAUAACGCAGAGAAUGCCAACAAUGCAAACAAUGCCAAUAAUGCCAAUAACGCAAAUAACGCAGAGAAUGCCAACAAUGCAAACAAUGCCAAUAAUGCAAACAACGCCAACAACGCCAAGAACAGCGAUGAUGCAGCCAACUGGGUUAUCAAGCAAUACACUGAUCGUACCAACCUCUACAGACUCCAACAAGAAGAGGCCCAUGAAGCCAAGGUAUCUCCAAAUGCUGGCCCACGUAUCGGUCCAUUCCCAACCAUCCCAGAGAAUGUUGUCAACCAAGCCCCACUCAGUCAACAAGAAAGAGAGGAACAAGCUCAACAAGGUGCACAAGAAGCCAACAAUGCCAACAAUGCAAACAAUGCAAACAAUGCCAACAAUGCCAACAACGCCAACAACGCCAACAACGCCAACAACGCCAACAACGCCAACAAUGCAAACAAUGCCAACAAUGCAAACAACAAGCCAGACACCAAGAUCAAACCAGAUGCCAACGGUGCCAACAAUGCAAACAAUGCCAACAAUGCCAACAACAAGCCAGACACCAAGGUCAAACCAGACACCAAGGUCAAGCCAGAUACCGAUGCCAAGCCAAAACCAAGCGAAAAUAUCGAACCAACUGUCGACGAAAACAACAAAGAAACCAACUCUGAUGCCAAAGAAGGUGACGCCAAGGCUGUUGCAUCCUCUGUUGUUAUUAAUAUUACAUUACUUGUUGCCACUUUACUCGCUUCAUUAUUACUCUAA